AUGUUCUCUUCGCAGCAAAGCUCCCAGCAACUUAAGCCCGACCCGUUCCCACCCCCGGAAACGCUGCCCUGCGAAUUAGUGAACGGCGCACCGGUGGAUUGGUCAGGUCGCGGCACGUCACAUGUUGACUACGAGAAAGAUGAAAGAGUGCCAUUGGUAGAAGGUCGCUUUCUAGGACAUGGAGUACAUGGUGGGGUUUACGAAACGGAAAUAGCAAGCAACGGGAUUCGGCUAGCAUGGAAGCGCAAAUAUGUCCGACGCAAGAUCAGAGAAAGCGAACGUCGAGAGAUCGAGAUCAUCAAACGUCUCAGUCAUCCGCACAUCAUACGUCUUAUAGGAACCUAUACUCGUGGGCCGGUCCUCGGCCUUCUACUAUGGCCUGUCGCUACUUGCGAUCUUGCAACACUAUUGGAAGACGCAGAUUGGCUGCGGAAACGCACAACAGAUGGAAACUGGGAAGCCACCGACGCUCUGUUAUCAUUUUACUCCGAAAGUCACGAUCACGACCGAGAGCCUGCUUUCCUGUCUCUAGGUCUUACAGGCAGCGACAGCCAGCACACAUUGAAUAGCACGAUCACGUAUCUCGAAAAGACAAUCGGUUGUAUAGCGAGUGCUGUCACGUAUUUGCACGGCUCCGGUAUCAAACACAAGGACUUGAAACCGUCGAAUGUAGUUCUGUCAGCCGACGGCCUUUGGGUAACUGACUUCGGCUCUGCAACUGACUUUUCCACUCUGUCGUCGAGUCUUACGGAUAACGGCGAGCGUGGCACGCCGAAAUAUUUUAGCCCCGAGGUCGCAAGCUACGACCCGAGCGGCUCUUCUUCAGACAUCUUUGCGAUGGGGUGCGUCUUCCUCGAAAUCAUCACAUUAUGCAUGGGCUAUUCACUCGAAACCACACAGACACUACGUGCAAGGGAAGAUAAGUCGUUCCAGGCAAAUCUCGACAGGAUUAUACAUUGGUUCGAUACUGAGGAGAAUAUGUGCCGAAGACCAGCAGAUGAGCAUCUAGUCGGCUUGAUCCGACAUAUGAUGAGGCCGGAUGCGAAAGAUCGACCAAGAGCAUCUCACGUAGAAGAGCAGAUCGCUCUCAUCGGCGGGCUUGCAAAGGCUACAGGUGGAUCGGAAUUCUCCCAGCCAUGUUGCGGACUUGGCAUGUUUCUGCCAGAACCACAUAGUCCAGGCGAAGUGGCACAUGCCGCGAAGAUGUUUCAGAUGAAUUUCAAGAUAAUCCAUGGCAACACCCACAUGGAAAGUCAAAAGAUCGACUGGCAUCAUGUUAAGUAUUUUGUUGAUGUCCAAUAUCCACAGUUAGUGGAAAAGGUUCACCUCUACGCGCAUCAAAGCUUCAACCAAACUUACUUCGUUCUGGAUGGGCCACCUUUCGAGCUUGCCUUCGAGAUCUACGGCUCGUUUGAAAUGAGCGCGUAUAUUGUUCUACGCGAAGGUUGGGUCUGGAUUCAUCCAGAUGCUCAGCGCGUGCCGAAUGAGUCGGCUAGACGUGUGCUCCCUUUAGAAUGGUCCUUGGUGUUGAAGACGGGUGGCGGUCAACGCAAAGACAUCUCUAUCAUAGGCAAAUCUUCUUGA